AUGGAUAAUAUUGAUGAUAAAUUAAAUACUCUGCAAGAAUUUAGUUUACAACAAUGCAACAAUUUGAAUGCUAUAUUGACAUGUUUACAAACAUUAAAUGAACAGGUCGAAUUACUUAAGAAUCGCGAUGUUCCCGUAGAAUUGAAGAAACCAGACUUCAUACCAUUUCAGAGUAAAGAUGAUUUGUUAAAAUAUGAUGAAGCUUCGGAUGAUGAUGAAAUUGAUUUGAUCAACUAUUUAAAUCACUUGCGUGGAAGAGACAUGAAAGAAAUGAUUCGACUAAUGUUAGAUGUUACAUUAACAGAUGAAAUUUGUCAAGAAUACAUACUUUUAGGCACGAAUACAAAAUCACAAUUAAGCUCCACGCGAUUGGUUUCUAACAUCAGAGGUAAAAAUUUAUUUUAUUUCAUAUAAUCAGUUUCAAUGUAUAUA